AUGAUACGAGACAAAGCCAACCUCAAACUCGUUAGUUCCCCUGUCAUUGAAGCCACCGAGAUUCUAGACCGUCUACACGCCGCCGACAAAGAAAGUACAUCCGGGCAAGAACACGAGUUUACUCACGAGUUCCUUAAGCGUGAUGGACUAAGGGAGCUGAUUGGCGCAAUCGAGAACAGCUCUGGGAACACAUUGGCCUAUGCUCUCACUUCGAUGCAAAACUUGAUGGAGAACGACUAUGGUUGGGAUAACCUUCAGUCCAACUUUAUUCUCCUGAUCGUCGAUAUUUUGUCCAACUCUAACCCUAUCAAUGUAAUCCGCCCUGCAACAUCCAUACUCAAGCGAUUAGUUGAAGCCGACCCACGAUCCGGGCUCGAUGCUGGUGUCAUGCCUUCCUCAAGUGCAACAACGCCUGCUGCCGAACUGUCGCCUUCACCGCUCCCAGGGAGCGUGUAUCGAUAUGGCUUUGAGGUAGUUUGGGCGCAGCUACAACGUUCACCCAACACAUUAUCUGUGAUUGUGGCCCGACUCACUAUGGCCGAGAGUGGCAUGGCUCUGGGAGGGAUGAUGCUAAUCAACUCGCUAUUGUCCAAUGCAUCCGACGCCCACGCACCAGAGCUUAUCGACGAGCUGGAACGACUGAACAUUCGGAAUGUUGUCCGACGGUUGAUGGCUUCGCAUGCGUCUGCAGAUCUCUCUUCCUCCAUCUUGGAUUUUCAAGCUCAUCUAAUGCGAAUUACCUAUCUGCGAAAAACUACACCGGUUGAUGUAGAACUACACGCUGUCCAAGCGGUCCUCACUUACGUUUGGAUCGCAGCGCGUCUGGGAAACGCUGGGAAGCCGGACCGACUGGCAUUUGAGGGUGAGCAAUGGUCUCUCCUAGGGUGCCCGACCGGCAACAUGAGUCGGAUUUUGCUCAGGUUGGAAUUCUCGGACUCGACUCGCACUUUUGUUCAGACUGACCCCGACCAUUUUGCCAAGGUCGUUUUGGAACAAGUCAGCCGACCUCCUAAUCGGCGUUGCCCAAUUAUCCAGGCAUCUAACGAAGUUGUCGAAAUUUUGACCGAACAUUGGGCGAUAUUUGGACCCGGCUAUUCUACUUCAACGUCGUUCCUUCCAUUUUUCCUUGGUUUUCACCGCGUACAUACCAUUGCUUUACAGCUUUUCCUUCGUCUGUGGAGCGAGAGUUCCGCCAGUGCGGAUGAUUUCGCUAGAGUCGCAGCUUUGGUUCAAAGCCAGAUCAAGUUUGCCCUACGGGAUGAAAGCACCCGGUCAUGGCAUGAGAUGGAAUCAGACUUUGUUACCAGUGAAUACCGUGAUAUACGUGAGCGCCAGAUGAAAGAGCUGGAGCUUACAGACGACCUGCUCAAUAAACCUCCCGUCCGAAAUCUUCGUGCAAAACUGUACAAAGAAUCGUAUGCAUUUGUGCGCCAACAACGCAUACAGUGCUUGAUGCAAGGCGCAUGGUUUGUUAACGGCAUACCAGCCAGCUCGCCUUCUGCGAGAGAAUCCUAUUCAGCUCCCGUUAGACCACAGCGCCCCUGGAGAUUCAUGCGCUUGGAUAAAACCAUGCGCUUCAUCUACUAUUUGGAUAGUGCAAUGAAGAUACCAAUCAGAGGUGGUAUUGAAGACUACCAGAGCGCAGUUGCUUUGAUCGCUGAAGUGGCAACCGAAACUUGCGCGGUCCCCCAUAACGUGGCCUACGGAAGUGGCGACAUUACCUCCCCAACGUCGCCUCCUUCCGUCUCUCCCCUCUCAUUUUCUCUGAUGUCUGAAAGGUCUCGGGAUCAAUCGGAACAACAGCAGCCAUCAAGCACUCCCUAG